AAGUUCAUAUGGACACAGUGCGAUUGGACACAAUCAUUCAUAUCGAUGGAUGUCUAGGGUAACCAGGACGAUUAACCAAUCAAGAGGCCUCAUUUUCAACUAAAUAAUAAUCCAAUAAUCCAAUUGAUAUACAUCCGGUAUUAUUACACAUUCACUGUCGACAAUGGUGUAAUAAAUAAAGAUAAAAUUUAACCACACACACACACACACACACACACGCGCGCGCGCGCGCGCACGCACCACUCCCCUCAUACACUCUCCACAUCGCACAUACACAUAUCACACACACCCACCCACACACACACACAACACAUACCACACUCACACACACACAUACACCACACACCCACAUACCACACGCACACACCACACACGCACACCCACAUACCACACACACACACAACACCACACACACACACACACACCAUAAACACACACACACCACCGUAAACACACACACACACCACAUAAUUGCAGAGAACAAAAUGGCGGCCGAAUCAAAAGUCUCGUUCCGUUGGACUCUCACUGGACGAUGGUGACCGGCGGUGGCGACGACGACGGCGAUAUCGCGUUGCAAAAGAUGCUGUUCCGAUGAUGCGAGUGUCCACCAAGUGCAACCAGUAUAAUGUGCGUGAAAUAACGAAUCGCACCAAUUGACGGCGACAGCCAGGAAGAAGAAUAAAUUGCGCGUGUAAAAUACCGGAGCGGCCAUAAGUCGGGCCUGAAUUUACUCCUACAAGUUUGAAUUCCGUAACGGUCGCACGUAUCCCAGUUAAAUGUCACAUCUCCUACUUUGUGUUAUAAGCCCCAUAUGUAGGAGUCAAAAACGAAAGUUUACUUCAAACUAGUUGCACCAUGCCACUAAUUGAGAUCUGUUAUUUACAUAAAUGUUACACUGAUGACAGAUCCACCUGAUCAGUAUUCACUAUUGCACAAUUACACUCGCAAUUGAAUCACGAUGGAGGAUGUAAAUGAGAUUUUGGUAUGUGCAACUGAAUUUAUAAAAGAUCGAUUGUACUUUGUCACACUAAGAACAACAAUGAAACCAAAAAGUACUCCAAACACACAUUAUUUCAGCAUUGACAAUGAAUUGGUGUAUGAAAAUUUUUAUGCCGAUUUUGGACCCCUCAAUCUGGCCAUGCUAUAUAGAUACUGUCAAAAGGUCAAUAAAAAAUUAAAAGGGAUUGCACUCAGUAAAAAGAAACUUGUGCAUUAUACGACAAUGGAUUCGGAAAAAAGAGUGAAUGCUGCAUUUCUCAUGGGAAGUUAUGCGAUAUUGUACUGUAAGCGUACAGCACAAGAAGUUUAUGAAUGUUUGACUAAAAGUGCAAAUAAUCCUUCAUUUAUUAUGUUCCGUGAUGCCUCCAUUGGACCACCAUGUUAUCAGAUAUCAUUAAGGGAUUGUCUAAGUGCUAUAUACAAGUGCCAUCAACUUGGUUUCUUUAAUUUCGAAGAUUUCUGUGUUAAAGAAUAUGAACACUUUGAAAGAGUUGAGAAUGGAGAUUUAAAUUGGAUAGUUCCGGGAAAGUUUAUUGCUUUCUGUGGCCCACAUGCAAGAUCUAAGAUGGAAGAUGGUUAUCCAUUGCACGGUCCAGAAUCAUAUUUUACCUAUUUCCGCCGUAAUAAUGUAACAACAAUUAUACGGCUUAAUAAAAAGGUUUAUGACGCGUCGAGCUUUACUGACGCUGGCUUUACACAUAAAGAUUUAUUUUUUAUGGAUGGCUCGACGCCAACGGAUUCUAUAAUGCAUCAGUUUCUCAAAAUAGCAGAAAACGCAAAUGGCGCAGUUGCUGUUCAUUGUAAAGCAGGCCUUGGAAGGACAGGUUCUCUCAUAGGUUGUUACAUUAUGAAACAUUAUCAUUUAACCGCUCAUGAAACAAUUGCUUGGAUAAGAAUAUGUAGGCCAGGUUCUGUAAUUGGUCACCAGCAACAAUGGCUAGAGAAAAAGGAGACAUAUCUUCGAUCAUUAUUGAAAGAACCACUCGAAAACAGAAAUUUAGUCCAUGAUUAUGGAAUAUACUCGAUAGCUGGUAGACCCAGUACAACUUCUUUCCAGGAGAAUACAAAGAGUCUGAUGGAAGAUAAUGUAUCAGGAAUAAUGCAUCGUGUGGAUGAAAUAAAAUUAGAUGAUCCUGGACCAGCAGCUGGAGCUAGCUCGAUGAAUAGAUACAGUACACUAACUCAGGGUGAUAAAUUAUGCAGAAUCAAAGCUAGAAGAAGAGGCAUAUCGACGUCUCAAACUCCUCUUAAUACAAAUACAGGGACAUCCACUGUUGGGCAUCCAUAUUUGGGAUCUUUGUUACAAACUAGGAGUCAGAAAGGAACCAUUACUACUUUAGUGGCAAAUAAAGAAAGAGAUCCCACUAAAAGACUUUUAUCACGAUCCACUGCAACAACAGUGAAGAGAAACAAUUGGUUGGUCAACAGUAGCUGUGAUCCAUCUUCCUGCCGUAUUAGGUCUAAACCAGCAACACAGAGCCAUAACAUCAACAAUAAUACAACUACUAUCAAUCCUGUUACAUCUUUAACUGUAUCAAAGGCAGUGAGAAGAACAAAACGUACUUCCUGCAUGGCUGCGCAGGCUCAUUCUACAAACUCGUCUGCCAAUCAUACGAUACCACAGCCGCAACAACGCAUGAAUAUGAUUCUCAGGUCGGCAGACCGAGUUACUCGUUAUUCACUCAGACAUGCACGCACAACAAAAAGUUAUAAAAGUGCAUUUAUCAGAUGACUAACCGAUAUUCCCAGUGGCGUUGGGGAGGAUUGUCAGGUAACUGGAGCAUCUCACCAGCGCCGAAGAUCUCAUCGCUUAAACCCCAUCAUUUAGUAAAAAGUACUUCACACUGACCUUCAAUCCGUCUUCAAAUCAAGUGAGUUUUGCCCAGGCUUUAUAUCACAAAUUAAUAGAUUAAACUUUAUUUCUACAGUCAUCAAUACUGCAUUUAUUAAUAUGGUUUUGUUAUAUUUGCAUUACAUGGAAUAUGAAUUGGUUGCAAUGUCAUUUAACUCAUAAAGUUCACACAGCUUUUAUAAUUUUUCUUUCACAUAUCAAAAUAUCGCGAUCUAUUGAAUCUACAAGAAUAAAAGAAUCAAGUUUUUUGUGUAUAUUAUUUAUACAUUUAAUCUAUUUUUUUUUAAUUAAAAUAAGCAUUUGUAGAUAUGUAUUUUCAAAAUUAUUUUGUCUAUACAUAAUUUCUGUUUUUAAUAAUUUUUUGUUUAGCUAAAAUUUAUUUAAUACUCAUAUUCUUUAUAUCUGAUGAAUAUGUAUUUUAUGAUAAUCUAAUCUAAAAUAUAUUUUAUUCUUUUAUUUUUAUUCAAAAGCUUUGCAGAAAUAUUUAGUUAUUAUUUUUAUUAUUUUAAGGAAAAGAGAGAUUAAUUCUUCCAAUAUCAUAUAUAUAACUAUGUUUAAUAGUCUCCCUAUUAUUAAUAUUUUGGAAGAGUUAACUUUGAUUUUGUUAAAUGAUUUAAGUGAUAAUCUCAAAUGUCUUUAAAAUUAAAAAAAUUGUUAUAUUUUUGUUAUAUUAAUACAUUACUUAAAACAAUUAAGCAAUCACUUUAAAACUGAUGAACUUUAUGGAUUUUUAAACCAUAUCUUAGCUUCAAGAGAUCAGCUAGAAGAUUUUUUUUUUCUAAAAGAUGAAGCCUCGAUUUCAUCUAUAGGACUUUAGCUAUAGGAUAACAUUUAGUGUUUCAUUAACUGUCUUUUUUUUGUGAGGAAAAUUAAGAUGUGCGAAAACCCUAGAAAUUGUUUUUUGUUCCUUCGAAAAAGCAAGGAUGAAACAAAAAAUGUCAUAUAGAUUUGGAAAUCGGAAACUUGCCCUUUAAAACGCCCCUAAAAAAAUUUUGCGACUCCCUGAAGCUGAUAUGAAAUACGAUCUUUUAAAUAUCGAAAAUUUGAAAGUUUUAAAAUAAUUCCCUAAUUGUUUUGAGUAAUAUAUUAUAUGUAAAUUUUUAUAUAUAGCUAUAUUAUAUAUGACUAUAUUAUAUACAGUAUACAUAUAAAUUUGUAAUGUUAUGCAUGAAACAAAUGAUUGUGGAUCGAAAUUGGAUAAUUGAAAGAAAAGGUUUAUCAUUAUUGUGAUAUAGAAAAUGUACAUUACAAACUAAUUUUAUAAUUUUCGAUUUUAAAUAAUGUUAAAAAUCUCUAAACACUGUAAAUGAUGAUGGCACUUGUUGAAACUGACUUUUAGUAUUUUAAACUUGAUGAAACACACUAAGAAAAAAAGAAACUUGCAAUAUCAAUAUAUGUAUAUGCUCUAUGUGCAGUUUAUAUAUAGUCAAUGCAACACGCUUUGCGCCUCGGAGAUAUUAUUUAUUUGACUGGUCUAUACAUGUCUCAGUAAUAUUCAUUAGGUCAUAGGCCAUUAAAAGUCGAAUAUAUUUAUACAUCUUAUUUAGUUUUCAGGGAAUUCAGAAAUGUAAAAGAUAAUAGAUUAUAAAAAGAGAAUGUCUCUCCUUUUAACUAAAAAUUCAGUAUUUAAUAUUUUUUUAAGUUAUUGAUUACGAAUUCGAAAUUAAAAUUAUAAAAUUGAAAAAAUCGGCUCCAAAUAGCGGCAAUAAAGUAAUUAUUUUUUGCUAUACAUUAAAACCUCUUGAAUAUAUACACAGAGCCGUUAUAAAUGUCAUAACAUCUUGAGAUUAUCAUAUUUUGUGACAAGCUAUAUAUUAUUUCUUCAAUAUUGUUGCUUUAAAUAAAAUGAUCAUGAUUAAAAAAAAACUUUACGGCUCUAAAGAUAAUGGAGAAACAUGAAUAAUAAUGAACAUGUAUAAUAGAUUUUACAUAAAUAUAAUGUAAUUUUGUA